AUGGCCGACGAGCACGGCAGCGACGAGGAGCGGAAGUCGCCGGACAGGGACCGGGGGAAGGAGAGGAGUGGUGGUGGUCAGUCCUCCCGUAGAAGGCUCACCGCACCUCCCGCGCGAGUAGAGGACAGGCGAGAACGAGAUGACAAGAAGGGGGGCGGCGGCGACAGGCGUAGCGAGAGGAGGGGCGACUCGUCCCGCAGCAGGGAGCGAGGCUCGACCUCGGCGCAUCAGAGCGAACGGGACCGGGACAGGGCUCAGGGACGACACACAGAUCGACAACGGCGGGAUAAUCGCGAGCGGGAGGAAGAAGAGGAAGCGUCACGACGCCUGAGCCGCCGGUCGAGGUCCAUAUCCGACCGAGGCCCCGCGUCGGGGUCGGCGCUGGGAAGCGAUGGCGACGACGGCGAGCCCGAGGCGGGUGGUGGGAGGGGCACCCGCCAGCAUCACGCGCAGUCGGUGUUCAACCGCAACCAGAUCGAGGCGCCCAUGUCCAUGGAGGGCUGGAUGGGGUGGCUGAGCGACGGCAUACUGUUCAAGAGGUGGAAGCGGUACUACUUCCACCUCGAGUACCCGUUCCUCAACUUCUACCACGAAGAGCUGCCGGAGGGCAGCAAGGAGCGGGCCGCGGUGAAGCCCAAGGGCAAGAUCUCGAUGCGCGGCAGCUGCCUGCUCGACUCGAACCUGGCGGGCGACAAGAAGCACGCCGACCACGCCAAGACCCGCUUCCGGGUCAAGGGCAAUGGCAAAGAGUGGGUGCUCGAGGCCGAGUCGCCCAUCCGCAAGGCCGCCUGGGCCGACGCGCUCCGCACGCACAUCGAGUAUGCCAACCCGGCCAAGUCACCCAACGGUGUCAACUACAACUGCAGGGCGAACGACGAUGAGGACACCUCGAUGUGCCUCAACAUCUCGCUGAAGCAUCUGACGUUGGUGAACCUGAAGACCGGCAAGACCUCGUGGACGCGACCCUACUGGCAGCUGCGGACGAUGCAGCGCCCUCCGACCCACCCAUCAGAGCUCUAUCUCGACUUCCACGCCUACGGAGGCACGACGAAGCUGACCUUCACCAACGCGACCGCCCAGGUCGUUGGUGCCUGCGUCGCAGGCAUCGUGGGCACACACGCGGAGUGGAAGGGGAUCUUCCCCGCCGAGUGGUGA